AUGCACUUCAGAAAGGUCCUAAAUCUUUCCUCCAAAAUCGCCGACGCCACCAUCCACCGGCUUCCGCAACUGGAAAUCAACGUCGACCUGAACCUCUCGCCCUCCAUUUCAGAAGCUUUUUGUGCCGUGCAAAGACCUUCUGGCGUGAAAGCAUCAUACUCCGACACAAUCCCGACCGAAUCCUACACCCACGGCGGUCACCGCUUGGUGGACCAACUCACGACGCUAUUUCGAGAGGAGUGGCUCUGUGUGCAGGUUCUUCACCGCUUCAAGGACAUAACCAUUGUUCACCUCUACAAACACAAAGGUAGCCGGCAGGUCUGCGAAAAUCACAGAGGCAUUUCACCAUACAACAUCGACGGGAAGAUCUUUACCCCUAUCCUCCUCAAUCACCUUAACGGUCACCUCGAGCAAGGACUCCUGCCGGAACAUCAACGUUGUUUUCAACGACACAGGGGCCCCACAUUAUAUGGUGUUUGCCGAACGCCGGCUGGAAGUGAAGUGUCAUGUGGACAUGACGAAAGCCUUGGAUACGGCGAAUCACACGGGACUAUGAAAAAUCGAGCAUAAAUGCGGCUGUCCUGAACGAUUCACACACAUGGUAUGUCAGCUUCACGACGGGAUGUUGGCGCGCCUUACAGACAACGCGCAAUCUCCGAGGCAUUCGCAGUGACCAAUGGAGUGAAGCAGGAUUGCGUGCUCGAGCCUACCCUCUUGAGUCUAAUGUUCCCUGCCAUGCUGAUGGACACCUGCCGUGACGAGCGCCCGGGAUACGCAUCGCCUACCGAAAUGACGGGCAUCUUCUCACUACCAGGCACAUGCAGGCUCGGACGCGGCUAUCUACGUGUUUGACUGCCGUUGCCGACGAUGUCCACCGUGUGAUCCACAGUAAGGUGGAGCAGGUACGGUGACUUGUGCACGAAUUACUUUAUGGUGGUGGUAGACUUGCACCCCUCUAACGCACUCUCUCCCACUUAGGCUCAGUGUCAAGACAAAGUUAAGAAGACCGAUGGUGGGGGGAGGCACAGGUGGAUGAAACGAUCGAGCCCGCACCUUGGUUCUCCACUCCACACCCCCUAAUCCACACUCCAAAUGACCAGGAUUUUGACCAACAACAAUGGCGGGGAUGGCAGGGGUCGCAGUGUGCGCGGCGUCUGCAGGAAACCGGGUCUGCCACCGCGUCCCGAAAUUUUGGCAUUUGUUUUGGUGCGCAAUCCGAUAACGCCUGCCGGAAUCCGAUAUGGCCACCGUGUUGAUUUAACGCAUCCAACAUGUGGCCCGUUGGGUGGACGAGGUUCUCUACGACCAGAGUCCAUGCUCUGCUCUUCGAAGCGAAGAGGCGAGUUCCAGGAAGUAGUUGCAAAGAAGGAGAAACGAUCGGUGGAACAGGAGCUUCAGUAGCCAGAUCAUGAGGCCGAAAGACAACUUGACACUGUAAGACGCAUCCGGAGUCAUUUGCCGUGUCUGGUGCAGCUGGGAGCAAGGCCAUUGUGUCGCGGAACCCUAUCUCAUUUAAUUCCAAAUAGUCAAGGAAAUUAUUAAACACAGGAAAACUAUUUUGGAAUCUACACCCAGAAUGUAGGCAGUUGACAAACCACCAUACAUGAAGUCACACUACUGGUUAAACGAUAUUUACAGGUAAACUUGAAUAAAACACUGUAAUUAGACAUUAUUUUAUGUCUACCUUCAUAUUUAUUAUGUGUUGGGUAUGAGAAAACUUUCUAUACAUCUGAAAACGAAGUUUACUAAAUUGGAGCCAUUUCUGACGUUUUGCAGGAUGCCGUAGCUGCACAGUUCUUCUUGCUCAAAAUGCGGCGUCGGACAGAAAUAUAAAUUGAAACAGUGUUAUUAGCUGUUCAUAUGCUCUCACAUGACCCCAAUGUCAGCACAAUUAAUAUGCCUUAUAUUUGUGUGAAGUAUUCUGGUGUGGAUGAAUAAAAUACUUGAAAACGAACCAUGCUUUUCAUGCACACAGUUAGGGUGCAGGUGCAUACGAACACACGGAAUGGGCGUUGCAGAUAUGCGAAGAGGAGUUCAAUAAGAGCGUUGAGGUGGAAUCAUAAUUUAAAGAUCCCGGGCUUACAACCGAACAGCAUUUUAAAGCAAAAGCAUAAAACUGACCAAUAGGUCGAAAUUGUUUUUUUCGCCCUGCAAACGGAAAAUCACAGAUUCAUGCUGUAACUCAUGGUGAGGUUCUAUACAACUGACCCAAAGCAGGGCUUUUUCUAAACUCAGCGGUAGCAUGUGUGACAAAAGUGAACAGCAUGGUUCUAGUUGACUCGCCUGUCGUUCGGUGCUUCUUAAAAUGUGGCAUUAAAUGGUCAGCAUAUACAGAGCUAGCUGCGAUCGGAAGACAGUGAAUUGUCAAAACCAAUGAACCACUGCGAAUUUAGCACAGGUCAUCCGCUGCGUCAUAAACUUUCAAGAAAAUUGCUGUAGAAAGAUCCGGCUUCAGUACAGUGUAUUGGCUGGAAAAGAGGCCGGUAGUAAUUGUGCAUAGCUUGAUUUCUUUAAUUAGUGAUGGCGAUGGCGAAACGAUGGGAUAAACAACUCCGAACAAGAAUGAUAUAGCGGGCGCUCUCGUACGUCAAUGAUAACGCGGAAGACAUCAUCCACCUACCCAUGUUACGUAGGCGCAAAGUAUUGAGGCCGAAAUCCCUGCUAUCAGUGGAGGAGUCACCUAGAUUCGUUCACCGCAGUCAAAGACAAAGCAGUUCAUCCGGCGGAUUUCGGUAGCAUCUUUCAUUUCCAAAAGGCCAAAAUACUCAUGCAAUGUGGCAUUCAGACGAACGGCGUGCUGCCUGACUCCACGCUCUUCGGCUCGCAGUUAAUCAGCCGGUGAAGUGACCCCCAUCUUGAUUUCCUGCGAUGGGUCUUUGUCUGGCGGGCUGUUUUGUCAUAUUGUAAUCGGGUAGACAAACAGUGCGGCAAGUGGUAGUCGUUUGUCACAUCACUUGUUAACACUGAUAAUAAAAUUACAACUGUCGCAAACUCUGGCAUACAUAACCAUCACUUUUAUCAGUUGAGUUCAGUUUAUUUGAGGAAAGUAGGUGUGCGCCUUUGAAUUCCCUACACGCGGGGAAGAUUGCGAGAAAAUUUGGAGGGCGAUUAAUACCAACGAACUAUAAAGAAAAUAUCAAAACCUGUAUAGGUCAUCGGAGUAUUUCAGGUGUCAGCAGCUUUGGAGAAUAUGCACGCCCACUUGGAUGUGUAAUAUGGUAGUUACUUUAAACACGCCUUAGCUGCAGGGAAAGUAAUAUGAUCUUCUGUCUGCAAGCAUCUUGGUGAAUGUCAGUGGAGAUAUGCGCCGUGGUUAAUGCAAUAGUAAAUUUUUAGAAACAGGCGUUACUCAAACCUUUGCAGUAGCAUCAUAACGGUGCUAGUUGUUCAACAUGAGUCGUCAAGACGGCAGCGGUCGGUUGGAACUGCAGUGGAGAUCCAGUUUCAUUUUAAAAUCUUUUACGAAUGAAGGCAUAACGACUUCCACAAGCAAAGUAUUUCAGGCUUCAACCACUCUCAUACUCUCCCAUUAUUUACCUAUCACUUUUUACCUGCUAGCUAGCUUCCCUAGUUGUUGGUCUUAGCGUUCCGCACCUGCAUUAAACCAAUGUCCUGAAUGACGCCUCCUGUUUUCUAUUAGGGCCUUCCUCACCUUGUUGAUGCUAUGGGGUUAAGUAUGUUAAACCUGCUUAGUCGGUUGAUGAAUAACACCAUACUGAGCAUAGUUUUGUCUUUCAUGUUUCAGACCUGCUAUGCAGAAUGUAAACUAAAAUGCGGCCACCGGCUUGCGCGUGGUCGACGUUUCCUAACCUCUCGACAUUUGGCUCUCAAAUAAUUCUGCAUUGCGGAAGAAAGCCUAUCGGUUUGAUUCAGCUUGAUGUGUGCGGUAAGCUUUUUAUUCUAAAUUUCUGCAUGUAUCUUCACAUGGAAGGCAGGUGACGUUAAGUGCUAGUAGGAGUCCGGGUACUUGCCGGGUACGGGGUGGUCAUGCCGCUACGCCCUAGGUGGGGUGCGCUGUGUUUGGUUUAAGCCUCUAUGCCCUCUUCGCCCACACGUUCUGCUUUAUACAAGGAUUAAUUGCAGGCGCAACCACAAAUGACGCAUGUGGACUGUCACCGCGACUCGAACGGUUCAUGACGUGCUCCUAAUUGGGUGUUGUAGUCUUAGGCAGACACGUGCUAAGUAAAAUCAGAACUUUAAAAAAACGACAAUGGAUCGCACAGUUUAUUUUGAUCGUUGCGGAUUCAAGUGAAGUCAUUUCUGAAUCAGUAACUUUUGUUGGUUCAAAUUUUGCUUACAAACCGGAAAAAGAACACCUUGGAUAAAGCGAAAUAUGGUCAUGGCUGACUGAUGACGACUUGUAAGUCCAAAUUCAUGGCUCAUUUAGCGGGACUCGACCACACCUUCAGGUCUUUUAAGAUUAACAUUUUCAUAAGAGGAAACAACUGCAUGUACCGACAGUCGCUUGAGUCAUAGUUCUCCGGAUUGUGCAAUGAUUUACCAUACUAAUAACACAGGUAUUAAUUAAAGCCCAUGCACGCGUGUUUCAAUGAUCAUAUGCCGCUGUCUGAUGCAGCUGCGAGGGGUUCGGCUCGUCGAAGGUCCCCCAGUUCGUGCAUUAAGUUCCUCGGAAAACUGCAGUUCAUAUACCAGAAAACACACGGGGAAAGCCUGGGUAACCCCUCGCAGCUGCAUCAGCCAGCGGCAUAAUAUCGGCGAAACACGCGUGUCUGAGCUUUUAGCCUAUACCUGUGUUGUAAGUACGGUGAAUCAUUGCGGAAUUCUAUACUUCUGACUGCCUGUUGGCGGCUUGUGAAUAUAAAGCGGUUAUUCCGCAGAAGCUGAUGGACUUCAGCUCAACAGUUCAUAUCACAUUUCAGAUUGUGCCUGAAAAGGUCUGUUCCGAAAGAUUUACUCCAAGUUUGCGCAUUAAUUUCUUCGGAAAUUAAACAAGGCAUGUUCUCCGGAUUUCAGUCGACCAACAGGCGCAGUAAACGUCUGCAUCUAUAUUCUGCGCUGGAAAUGAUCAUGUUGAGUAAGUGGUCAUGUCGGAAGGUCCGGGCGACCAACGCCUCUAUUGGCGGUGAGCCAAGUUGUCGGAUGAUUGUCACGCUAAGAAUCCACUACACCGAUUGCAUAGCGGCAAUUAACGACACGAUCGUAAAUAAUAUGCAAUUAUCACAACAAAUGGGAGCCCCGACGAUUUGUUCUAGGGGCCGCCUACCUAAUCCACUUGGAGUUGGGUUGCGCACAGCAGGAAGCAUCCAUCAGGCGCCAAAGGCAUAAAUUCAAUAGCAGGAAAUGUCUAGAGUCGUUCACCGGAUCUGAUGCAUUUGCAAACAGAGCAACUACGUCGAAGAAACUAGAUUACUCUGAACGUGGAUGACUAAGCACGCAGCGGCGUUGAGGAGGAAAGACGCUAUCUCUCAGGUGGCGGCUUACUCGACAGGUCUCGGCUAUAUUUUUAGGCUUCAAGAGUUCGAAAUCCUUGCAAGAGCUUACAACCGCGCCAGUCGCGAGUUGCACGAAUAAUGGUUUACAGGCCCGCCAUCCAUCAACAAGAGCAAUGACUUCCCGGUACCAUAUUCAGUGUUGAGACAUUUCCUAAACAGGGAAAUCAAUCACGCUGGGGAGGGUGCGGGCGCUCAACUGCUUUGUUGACAGCGGAACAAAAUACCCAGUAAGCAUUACGCAAAUAUCCAACACGGAUGAUGAGAUUGAGGCAACUAACUACCCGAAGGUGGUCUGACGAGCAAUCAGCGCAUAAAUUACGACUCACGGCGAUGAUCAUGAGAAUUGUGGAUUUUAGUAGCUCACGACAUCUACGUGUUAUUAAGACCACAUCCUUUGAAUCUCCAAUAAUUUUGUUUGGGAUUGUUUCUGAUGAUGGGUUCUAGAGAGAUUCUAAAACGUCAGAACAAUGACCUCCCUGUUCCAGUGAUCGCACCUCCUUCUAGUGAACUGCGGGAGCCGGUAACUCGAGUAGGCACGUGGCAGUGUGACAACUUCGUCCUACAAAUACUGCACUCCUUGUGCCUCCAUUAACCUUAUCUGUUGCUCUCCUUGAUGGUGGGCUUAAGUGGGAAUCCGAAACGUCAAGCGAACACACCUCGUCUUCAAGCAGAGGCCUUUUCUUCUGAGCAGUAGUUUUUCCUACGUUUGUCCAGAUUGCAUCCACAAUGAAAAGUAGUCCACCCAAAGUAUACAGUCAGCAUUUCUGCUACUAACGAUCGGGAUGCGGGCAAAACAUUGAUAAAAUAAAAUCGAUUUUUUGAACAAUUACACCUAAGAUUCGGCCAGUUGAACUGAUUCCUCAUAGCGGAUUGCAAUGAUCGAUUUCAAACUUUGAUCAAUACUGUCGUAUCUCCACGAAACGUGCUUUCAGUCAUUUGUUAAUUAUGAAUUGCUGUGCAUGUCUAACUCAGCUUAUAUGCAGAAAUAAAGUUACUCGUUUUAUAUUUCUGGUUUCAGCAAGAACGACCAGUGAACCUGGAUUGUUUUUGAUGAUCCAUCUUGACGCACUUCACCACACUGUUUUUAGUAUACAUCAAAAGCAUCUUCGGAAGAGCUAUGCAAAUCAUUUAAUUGUUCAGGCAGAGCCCAUGGAACAAUCUUGCAUAUUUUUAAACGGCAUAACUUAUGAUAAAACCAAGUCUUCGACAUUUUUUCGGCAAAAAUUAAACUUAAUUUUUUAGAGAUAUGGUAGUGGCUGCAUCUUCAUGCUGAGUGUUUAGAGAUAAUUUUCUUAUGAAGAUCCAAGUGUAACAUUAAGCGCUCGAGUGCGUUCAGUGGAACUUUAGCAGACAAGGAAUUUUAAAUAAUUUUGAUUUGUCUUCCAUGAACAGUUUUGCCAAGAAUACAUUCAAAUGGAAACUAGUAUUUUCUUUUAUUUUUCUGACAGCUUACUUGUGACAGUAAGCCUUCAUAAGCCGCUAUGAAAUGUUUUAAUCAAUUCAUUUUUCAAAGUUUUCUAAAUUUUUUAAAUUAAAACACGAAAAAGCAUUAGUUAGCACUGGGGGAAAAAUUGUGUUCCAUUUUAAGCUUUGUUUCAUUUAAGGUAAACCCCAACUAUCUCUAGUGGUCAUUCCCUAAACAACUGCCUUAAUGUUAUCUCCAAUGCAAAGAGCCCCUAAUGAAUCAAACAUUCCACCUGUCUGGAUCUUAUUGAGGCAAAGUAGCAGGUAUUAAGGCUUUUUAUAUAUUUAUUCUCAUGUAAAAGAACUCCAAACUUAAAAUAGGGUAAUCAAAUGAAAUCCGUUCAUCUCGCUAUAAUGGAAUGGCGUUUACUUUAUUUGCAUUUGAACUGUGGAAUAUUAUUUCAGACUUUGUAUGGCCUUUGACCGAUAAUGUUGCCUCUGAAAAGAAAGAAAAUUCUUUUGAGUAAAGAGUGUUAACGACUUCAUUGCGAGACAGGCAUUUCUGGUACACUUUGCUUUGAAGUAAUAUACAAUGAUAUUUUUAAUAUGUCAAAUAGCAGAUUUCAAACAUGGACCUCAGGCUUUAUGGUUGUAGUUAUAGAAAGCUCAUAUCAAGUCUGUAGAAAAAAAUACCAAUAGUCAGUUCAUCAAAUGUCUUGGCACUGACCAUGCGUGUAUCUGCGUUAAUAUGCUUUUGGCAAUAUUUCGUCUUCAGUAAGGUGUCAUCAGUAUCUGCAUUCAAGCGUGCACAGUACAAAACCACUAAUGCCAAGCCUACUUUUCAGCUUAUUGUAGUCAGUAAUAGGAACAAAAUUGAGUGACUGAGUCGAAACGUCCCUUUCACAGCGGUAUACAUGAAGUUAACUGUUCUGAGGGGUACAACGUAGGACACUGAUACAUGUGAAUGCUGACCUAGACUACAUGAACGAGAAAUGUUUCCUUCCCUCAAUGACUCUAACCUUUCCUCAAAAGAUAUUUCCCUACUUUCCUGUGUCUUCCUGCCUGUGUCUGCGUCGACAGUGGAGAAACAUCGUAAAAUGCCCGUGAUUCAGCAGCUGCCGGGCCGGACAGCUUCACAACAUUUUUCCUUAAAUCUUGUUUCUACAUAGCCCCUGAUUCGAGAAGUUUUAUUAACAUGCCUAUAGUGGAUGCCAGGAAUUCUGAGACCUGGCGUACAGAAGGAAUCAUUUCUUUUCCUAAAACAGUCGUCUAAUUUUGGUACUAAAUCUUUGCGUCCGGUUGUCUGCCUUUUCGUACUAUUGAAGCCUGCUGAACAUGUCGCUUUAGAUAUUACCAUACUAUUUUCUUCCAAUUCAUCUGGUUCUUUGUAAUCUACAUGCGUGGCUAGCCGCAGUGCCCUAGACGCUGUUGCUCUUGUGAUCCACUCUGCUCUAGUACAUCUAAAUAUGUGUUGCCAUUACGAACAUAUGUACAUUUCUUGACUAAUCCUUCGUCUUUAAUACCAUUCCGUGCAACAUUUACCUCCUUAAAACAGCCGCACGCGACUUUUCCGGCUGGAAUGUCUCUUGGCUUGGUGGCUAUUUUACUUUUCUUUCUCAGGUUGUCCAAUCUGGCAAAUGAAAAUCUACUGUUCUUAAUAACCGUAGAGUUCUUUCAGGUUCCCUCUUGUUCCCUCACCUCUUCUGUUACCCACUGAUAACUUGAGAUUGUCAAAUGAUUUUCGGUUUUUUGAGUGUAUGGAAGAUAUGACUGUUGGUAACCUGUUCAAAAAUCAGAGUCAUCCUUAGUUUUCUGGAGAAGACCUGUACCAUGCCUCGACGUGAUCAUUGGAAAAUGGUCUGUGACCGGAAAAUCAGAAAUAAAUCCACUAUAUAUUUUUUGACUGUGAUCUUCCCCCUAUCUUGAAUUCUUGGACAUCCUUUUAAAUGAAGAAUUUUUUUCGAGUACUUAAGUGCUACUCUGGCAUCAAAUCUUUUACCUUUUUUCAUGUUGAGACCCUUUCUACCUAAGUUCGUAAUCUUAUUUCUUACUUUCGUUAUUUGCGUUCCUUUCACCCACCUCAAUCCAUAGUCUGGUGAUUACUAGAUGGCUGCAUUUUCCCUCUCAUUCUUUAUUUUUCAUCUGCAAGUUUUUCUGCCUUGCUUAAAAAAAGACAUGAAGGAUAGAAACGCGUCCUGCAAUUGCUCUCUUCUGUUGCCGAUGUUUAUUGUGUCUUUUUAGUCAAUACUGUCAUAUAAAAACCCCUCGUAAUCGUCACGCAAUCCACUGAUUGAUUGCUGGAUGACGUUCAGUCCCUUAUUUCUGAUGUAAUUACCGUGAAAUCCUUCGCGCACACGCCCUGGCUUUCGGUAUCUCUCUUCUCGUAUAUCUGCAUAUCAGCCUUCUGUAUUGCCAUUUCGAGCACGGUGUCUUACAUGUUAAGAGACACAAGUCCAUACUCCGAGACAUGAACUAUCACCGUAAUAGAUAAAUAUUCUUCUGUGCAAGUCUUUUUGUGUCGUGUAUAAUUUUUAAACUUACAUACUGGAUAAGGUGAAUGAAGCCCCUUUUUUGCUGAAAAUGUUCGGAUGAUACUUUUAAAGUAAAGCUUGUUACCCUCGUCGUCAAUCUCAAAUGGUGUUUUUCUAAUCGGGGAUUCUUCUGGAUGGCAUGUGGCUCGUCAAUUUUUGCCGAGUCAAACGAGUGUGAAACAAUAAGGCUUGAGGCAGAGCAGAAUUAUCUGCCAUAUCGUGUACUACUUACGUUACACUCAUGUGUUUUUUCGUAAUCUCUACUACAAUUCCAAUCGCUUAAGUUCACAGAGCCUUUUACACACGAGGUACGGAUCCAAACAAACCAGGCGUCAAAUCUUGUUCGAGUCAGGUUUUUGAGUUAGUUGCUAUUUUUUAACGAAUAUAGAUCACGAUUUUCCGUUUCUGUCGUGUAAUUUGAAUUUCUCGUUAAACGACAGACUUAUGAGCGAAUAUCAAUGUCAUUCCUCGCGGCAAGGUAUGUACUGAGAGUAUAUGCCUGAUUCUCACUUAAAUAAAGAUGGAAGAGAAUUAACCUCUUAGAACAUCUCUAUAUAUCUGCUUUCACAUCGUGCAAUAAUUUUUACCUAAAUAAUCUUGGUAAGGCGAAAUAAUUUCAGUAUUAGAUUCUAGUAAACUUAUCAUUGGCUUCUUCAUGGGUUUGUGUAAAGAGCACACAGUAAUCUACUAUGUAAAAUAUAAAUUUGAUCACAGACAAAUUUUUGAAUGACGGAAAACCUUUCUGAUUACGCGUUUUUGUGUUUUGGUCAACGGUACAGUUUCUGCACAAUUUUUCCAGCCAACGGCGUGCUCCUCAUUAUACUAUGCUGAUCAUCUAGACUUGCGAUACUAACAGCAAAAGUUUUUGCCAUUUCAAAAGUUUGAUAUACUCAUAUAUCGAUGAAAUACUGAAAAGAGAGCCUACCUCUUUACAUACUGACAAGCGAAAUAGAACGCUUCUAUUCCGGGGAAAAUGCCUUGACAUGUCUGAAUUGCGCAGCCGAUUUUGUCCGUGGCCGCCCAGACCAUCUAGAAUUGAUGAGAAAAAAAACAAGAUUUAUAAAACUUUUAGAAACGAACUUCUAUAGUUUAUAGAUACAGGAUAGCAAAUAGACUUAAAGAAUUCAGAAACAACUUAAGGCAGAACAUCGAAAUCACAGAAUGAAUCAUCAAACCGCCGACAGUGCUAUGUUUAAUUUUUGCUUUCCCCGCUAGUGACUUGAAGGUGUUUCAGAAUUCGGAUGUUACAAAGUCACAAAUGUUUGCGUCAUUAUACACGAUUUCUUAGUACAAAAUUAUGUACUCUCAACUUCAGCAUGGAAAAGUGCAAAUAUAGUUACGGAAAUAUUUUGCGCCAUAGACCAUACAUUUAGGGUCUUGUGAAUGACUAACUGGUCAUGACUGCUUGAAAGCAUGAUAGGCAUUUAUUAUCUUCCAUUUAGCUACUUCCGUAAAAACCUAGUAAAUAUCCAUUCCUCAAACAAUGCAACUGUUAGUGGAUGCAAUGAAUUCAAUUAGAAAUCCUUGAUUCUGUUAGCGAUUUCAGUAUAUUACAUUUUAAUAGAAAGGAAAAUGCCAAACAUUAAAAACAAACGAUUUGCAUGCGUUCAAAUACUACUUGGACUAUCAUGACACCAAAUAAACGUUGAACGUACACGGAGUCUGUUGAAAUCAUUAUGCAUACUUGAUUAAGUAGACACAUAAGGCCAUAGGAUAUAAAAAACCUAUGCCUGGUGAUACAACAUGUCUGACAUGGAGGAGCUCACUAAAAUGUGCCAAAUACUAAAUGUGGCCUACAGUGGGUGACCGUUCGCAUGAAAUGUUGUCUGAAAUUCUGAAAUGCCUUUUCGAUUAGGAAGGACAACUUACAUGCGGUUGAAAUACAGAUUGUCCUGCGGCAUAGCCCUAUAAUAUUUCGGACUUCGCAAGAUAAUAGCUUUUGAAUACCCUGCUUUUCGAUCUCCCAUAGGAACCGUACUCGGUCAAUAUGACUACUUAAGUAGCGUGCAUUGUUCAAAUAGAUUUUCCUUGUCUUGCGGAUUCAAAUAUAUCUUAUGGAAACCGUAAAAAUAUGCUUUCUUUUAGGCGUUUGAUAGAAUUUUACGUCCUCUUUCGAUUUUAUACUCGAAAAAGAAAUAUAAUUAGGUUCUAAAACGCCGUCUAAUUGACGAGUCAUUUGGAACAUGAUCAUUCGUUGCAUUAGUGCUUAGUGAUUUUAGCCUACAAGGUGCAUGCAAAAAUCCCAUAUUCUUUUUGUACAUUUUAAAAGAUAUAAUAUGCAGUCCACUUAAUUAUCAAUGGAUAGGGGCUAUGUUGUACCGGUGGUAAACGGAUAGGUGCGAUGUCUUAUGAAUGGACAUUGCGCGGUUUUAAAAGAUCUCGUAAUUCGAAACCUCUUUAAAACCUAACUAUUCUUCUUUUUUCUAGUAUAAAAAUAUAAAAUAUAGGGGAAUACCUAUCAAACGACUGAAAUAAGGCAUAGUUUUAUGGUUUCUAUAAGAUAUAUUCGAAUUCGUAAGACACUCAGUCUUAGUGUGAAAAUGCAUGCUACUUAAGAAGUCAUUUUUUACCACGUAAGAUUUCUGCGGAGGGUUGAAAAGCAGUGCAUUCAAAAGCCAGCAUCUUGCGAGGUCCGAAAUAUUACAGAAUUGUGCCACAGGACAAUCUGGAUUACAACAUCACCUAAGUAAUGCUUCCUAAUCAAAAACGCAUUUUAGAAUUCCGUCUAAUAUUUCACGAGAUUGAUCACUUACUGUAUUUGCAAAAAACCCUUAUAUUUUACUUAUACUAGACAACAUUCUGCAAAUAAAUAGGAAUUUUCAUAAUGCUGAGAGAUUCACUUUAAAAAGGUGCGCAAUAUUUUUGGCGUUUGUGAGAUCAGAUUUAAAAUGUUGAAUCCUAAACUAGUAAAACAUUUUCAAAUCGACUUUCUUUCCUCUUCAUAUGUUACCUCGAUCUUCGUAAUAUUAUUUAAAACCAGAAAUUUAAAAUGUUGCUCAAGAGGUGCAUUGCCAAGCGGGAUUAAGUAAGCAUACCUGAGUGUAGUGGCCGCACACCUUUGAACAUGCCCUACUAGCGUAGUUGUAGAACAGCUUCUCAGCAUACCAAGCUCUUAAAAUUGCAUCAACCGUGACAUUUUCACUCAUUCCGCCAGUGGCGCCGAUAUUUUGGCCCGAACUAAUAUAUUCCUUGUUUAAAAGUGACGGGUGUUCAAACUUGCAUCUGUUAACCCAACGCUGCGCCAGAGCUUCAAGACCCAAAUCAUACGUCUGUAUAGAAUAAAAAGACAAGGAAUUGAGAGUAAUCGUCAAAAUGUUUGAAGGUUAACAUUGCGAAUUAAAAAAAUUAAAUAUUAUGAUCAACCAUAAGUCGACGAUAACCUCAUGUUAGAGAUUUUGCUUGAUGAAAAGAGUUUUGUCCUUGGAAUGCCGUUCUACGCAAGCCGAAAAAUUUAGGAUGUUGAUGUUUUGGCAGAGUUUGAAUAGCUCAUAUUGACCCAGCUCUGAAAACGUCGGCACUUCGGUGGGAUUGGAACGCACGACAGCAGUGGAAAGGCUUUAGUCCAACGAACGCUCUAGCCUUUCCCUUGCUUUCAUGGGUUUGAAUUCCAACGAGGCGCCGACUUUUCAUGGUUUAGUCAAUAUGAAAUAAGUAUGCGACUAAACUUUUCAGAUUACAGCUUCGGUAGCAGUAAAGCUUAUCACAUUAAAACACAUCAUGGGUUUUUAUACAUUUGUAAGCCUUUUCAUCUAUACAAAAAUCUUGAAGAUUAGGAAGGGACAAGAGCGACGACAUUUCCGGUGCUUAGUGAUGUCGUCGAAUUCCGCAACCACUUACUCAACUUCGUAAUUCUCAGUUAGUACACUGUCAAGGGGGAUAAAGCAUAAUGGGUAAGUAGAGGGAAAGCUGAUCUGAUGUGCUGGUAGGCAAGGGGCGAGAAGAGAGGGGUCGUCUAUGUGAGCGAUUCCGGCAAACAGCAAAACCUCGUCAAGCAUGACAGCACAGCAGGGAACAGUAGUCAGUCCAGUUGGGCGGAUUAGGGAACGGGAGAGGAAAUGGGGCCAUUCACGUCAUCAACCCGUCUUAUGGAAGCGCGAGGUUAGUCACGAGAUACAACUGGUACGAUAGUUGUGACAGUCUCCUCCGUACAGCAGGGGAUUUAGAAGAGCGCAGGAGACGCCAAGACGUCGCGUGGACUAUAACGUCAAAUGCUGUCAUUGGGUCAUCACAUGACCAGAGUCCACGAGGUCAACACCUGUAUGCGUUUAUCUAUCACGCUUGAGUCGUCCAGAUGCACUGACUAUACGCAUUCGAUUUAGAGGUCGUGAAGUUAUAUCGGCUUGCUUCAGCACGGUUUCCGUGAAGAUAGGUCUCGUCCCUCAAAAACCGCUUACGUCGCUCGAAAAUUGGUCAAAGUCCAUGGCAGAAGAACACCCAGUGGAUGUCAUUAACUCUGACUUUAGCAAAGCGUUUGAUUGCGUUUCCCAUUCGAAAGUUGUCAGGUGUAAGAAUAAGGGGAAAUCUCCUGAACUGGAUUCAAGAUUUCUUAAGCGUUCGUAGAUACACAGUUGCUGCGGAUGGAUCGUUCCAAAUUUGUUUCACAUAUCCUCCUUGCACCUGCUUGACAAUGCUUCCUUGUUAUUUGUGUUUUGUCGUAUUCGCAUCCUGCCUCAGGUCAGGCACGUUGUACAUCCUCCAGAUUAUAUGCUUCAUGAUGUCUAAUCAUGUGGAAAUGUCAAAUGACGGCUUCUGUUUGCAUGGCGGACCUGACGUUUGACGGGAUCUUUAAGCGAUGACUUGUUGGCAGUAUACAACGCAGUUAAAUGUAUUUCAUAUAUUAGAUCGACAGAUGUUAAAUUGAUAUAUGAUUUGCGAAUAAAUCCAUAAAAAAUCUUUGUUGCAUUGGAACAUGUCAUGUUUGCAAAUGAAAUAGCAUAAACCAACUCACCAUGACUCGCAUGUUGACAGCCCGUGGAGUGUCAUUGAAGCGUUUAUCAUUGUGAAACUGCAGAAUGAAGUCCCUUUGAAUAUCCGUAAGUGCCGCGAUCGAUAGAAUAUUCACCAAUACAAUUGCGACAGCAACAAGGAAGCAAAGGCACAGUUUUCUGUUGCGCAUACUAAACGGUCAGAUCAGAUGAUGCGGUUGAAAAUAGCUGUAAGUCUGUGCGUGACGCUAAUUAACGUAGUAACAAUGGAAUGUAGCAUAUAAAGAUAGAUUUUGUAAAAUUAUGCCGGUCUGUCAUAUUCUCAUUAUUUUUUGUCAGUGGCCUGUGCGCAUGGAAGGUACCACGUUAGCCUGUAUCAGAAUACGAUGGCAAAAAAUUACGCAUGCAAUAAAAGUCAUCCCUUUAUUCGAAUGCCAGCCUUGAUGCGUAACGUCGGAAGCACAAUUCAAGCAUGCUAGCGAAAACAAAACCGCUAAUUUGCUUAUUAAAUUUGAUUUUAUCGUCAUCAGUAAGACGCUUUUCGGAAAUAAGUCUGUAAAGGUACUGAAACAAGAUUCUGCGGUUUGUAAUGGGUCAAGAAUUAUCUUUUAGUCAGUCUUUUACAGACACUGGAGGCAUCCACUUGAAAACACCGAUAAUGACAUAUUAAUGUCCAAUUAUUACUCUAAAGGCGUGCGUUGCGCCAUCAACGACAUACGCGGUCUGAAACAAAACUUGCGUGCUACAUGUUGUUGGUUAUAGAUUUGACGCCUAAGUGGAAGACACAAGGAUUGACGGAUCUCAUGAAAUGUUGGCUGAACUUCUGAAAUGCGCCCCCGGUUUGGGAGAAUUACUGAGAUGGGCUUUAAAUUUGGAUGAUCACACGAGAAAAUCAUACAAUCUCUGGGCUCGGCAUGAUGUCGGCUUUGAAUGCACUCCCUUUUGACCCCAUAGGAACCCCUGUUAGUAAAAGGGACUAUUAAAGUGGCAUGCAUUCCUCACAUUGAUUUUCGAUGAUCCUACAAAUUAAAAUAUAUUUUAGAGAAAACAUGCAUAAAAAUAUGCUGACUUUUACGCGUUUGAUGAGAAUAACCUUAUAUUGACAUUGUAUACUCGGUAAUAGGGUACAAUGAGGUUUUAGAAAAGUUUCAAAUUAUAAGAUUAGAUUUGGAUCUAAAGAAGCUACGAAGAAUUCAGCAGGUAAAUAAAAAAAUGUUGCUAUCAGAAAGGAACUGAUUGUGAAUGGAAAAAUUAACCUAACACGUAAAUUUUGCACAAGAUCAAACGGCCUGGUAUUGAUACUAUGUGCCAACCUGUAAAUAUCAGAACAAACAAGGUCAUUGCGUUAAAUUACGGGAACUAUAGGGAAUUCAUACUGCAAGCGUCUAAUAUCGGCAACAGUAACACAAGGCAGCUGGUUGAAACCACAUAGAAUUCGGUUUUAUUCGGCAGUUCAGCGAUAACUUAACCUGAGCUGAUUAGUUUAUCAUGGGAAUCAAUGAACCUGGGCAGGCAACUAACAAAGUAUUUUUUGCAUUCGCAUUCACAGUCCCGUAAUCAAACUGAACUGCUUUCACUUUGUUCAAGGCAGGCAACCCUUUUAGGAUGAUUAGAUAUAGCGCAUUUAAAAUCCUCUAAUGAGCUGACCCUUGCAUACUGCGGACAGUGGAAACUGAGCUUGAGAGGAAGCCUCCUGCUGGCUUGCCGUCAUCCUACUCGGACAAACGAGGCGGGUCAUCUCUCUAGCAGUAAUUUAUGACUUAAGACUUAUUAAGAAAAUCGACGGUGCAAAUUAGACUUCAUCAGGUAAUAAAUGAAUUUUAUUUUGCAGCAGGUAUCCUGAGAUCAACGUUGCAUUUAUUCGAAGGAGGCCAGGCAUUAUGUACGCCACAUAUAGGGGAAACGUAGCGUGUAAUGUUAAGUCUAUGGAUAUGUAGAUUUAUUUAUUUUGAUUUUCGAUCUCCUAGUCGUCGUUCGUCUACAACCCCGUAUCUUAAGUUUAUGGUAAAGCUGUUACACUAAAAGCCGUCCAAAAAUUCUUAGUGAAGUCCAACGGUUGGAACCGCACAGAACGAUCGAUAAUGAAUAGUUUAGGUUUGCGCAGGGCGCCUUUUUAAUUUCAGAACCUAACUAAAUAUUUGUCCUUUUAUAUUUCUUCUUCCAACGAAAGAAAAUACAGCGAACGUGCGUAACUAAUGUCAUAACUGUACACAUAAAGCUGAAUGGCAACAAAGUAAAAUGCUCUUGUAGAAUAAUUUAAUAUGGGCGUAAAAAAGUUGUUUUGGCGAAAAUGAAACAUGGAAAUUGACGUCGUUAGGAUAAUCUUAUGCUUAAUAAACGUUUGCUUGUGAACAGCAUUCUCUGACAGUUUUGUAAACAGUUCGAAUUGCAUUCACACAUUGCAUGGUCCAGAAUUAUUUAUAUCUGACAUAUUUUACGCUAUAUUUGAAAAAAAACUAAUUCCGUUUAAUAUAAGCGGUUGACCUUUCUUACACAACUUCUUGGCCUGAAAAAAGGUAUCUGCGAGUCAAAUGAGGAUUGAGCAAGAGCGUGCGCUACCUUUUAACAAUAAACUAUACCUUAGUUUCAGACGGCUGCGACUUCCGUCCGUAUGUGAUGAAGACGAGACGAGAAAAUGAGCACUGCUGCAAGACGUUCUUUUAUUCUGAGUGUUUGUGUUUGCAGAAGGAUGCAUCACAAGAUAAAAGUACAAACGGGCCAGCAUAUGCUCCAUAGGACUUUAACUUGCACUUAUGCGAAUGGGUUGUUAUCAACUACGUGACGCUCAGGAGGUUGUGGCUUAUACGAGCGGGCGUGUGUGAAAUGCAUCACGAAAUUCCCUGUCAUACUGGCCUACACUGGCGUGAGUGCAGCUAAUUAUACUCAAGUUAACACUGAUAUGGCUAUUUUAGUUUAAGAACUGAUUGGAAGCCUAGAAAGUCUCUUUCCAAGAAAGAGUUCCCGUUAGUAAGGUUUAUUUGAGGGGAUGCAGAUCACGAUUGCGCAAACGUUCACGUUUCCGGAUAUCACAUGAUACUAAAUAUCACCUAUUAAAUCCCCUUAUUUGUGCGCGUUGCGUUAUGAAAGCGCAUUCUUAUAACCAUUACGGUACCUUGUACAGUGCGUGACCUAUCUCAUGAAAUGUUGGCUGAAAUUCUGAAAUGCGUUUUCGAUUAGGAAGGAUUACUUGGUCGCGGUUGUGAUGCUGAUUAUCUUGAGGCAUAUUCUUAUAACAUUUCCGACUCGGCAGGGUGUCGGCUUUUAAGUGCACUUCUUUUCAAUCUCCUGUAGAAAGCGUGUUUGGUAAAAAAUGACUACUUGAUUAGCAUGCCUUUUUCUCAUUCAUUUUCGAUGGUCUUGGAAAUUCAAAUAUAUUUUAUAGAAACCACAAAGAAAAAUAUGCUUUCUUUUAAUCAAUCAAUAGAGAAUUACGUCUUCUUUAUAUUUUAUGCUUAAGAAAGGAGUAUGAUUAGGUUUUGAAAAAGUUUUCUAAUUGCCGAAAAAUUUGGAGCCUGAUCGUUCAAUGCAUUAGCGCUUAGUGAUUACACUCUACAAGGUGCAUGCGUUCCGCAUAAAGAAAUUCCCAUAUUUUUCUAUGUUAUUAAAGAGAUAUCAUACAGGGUCCAUAAAAUUUUGCAAUGGAUGCGGACCAUGUUGUACAUUUCAUGAGGAGCAGUGGUAAACGGCCAGGUACGAUGCUCUGUGAAAGGACAUAUCGCUGUCUUAAAAAGUCUCAUAAUUAGAAACUUUUUUAAAACCUAAUCAUACUCCUUCCUUAAGUAUAAAAUAUAAAGAAGACGUACUUCUCUAUUGAUUGAUUCAAAGAAAGCAUAUUUUUUGUGGUUGCUAUAAAAUAUAUUUGAAUUUCCAAGACCAUAGAAAAUCAAUGGUGAAAUGCAUGCGUCUUAAGUAGUAAUUUUUUACAAAGCACGCUUUCUACAGGAGACUGAAAAGAAGUGCAUUUGAAAGCCGACAUUCUGCCGAGUCGGAAAUGUUAUAAAAGUAUGCCUUAAAAAAAUCAGUACAACAAACGCGACCAAGCAAUCCUUCCUAAUCGAAAACGCAUUUCAGAAUUUCAGCCAACAUUUCAUGAGAUAGGUCACUCACUGUAUGGUUCAGUGUGACUAUAAAAUAAAUUAUUAGCUGCUCGUUGGCAGUUAAUUAAGAUAACGCGGUUAUCUCCCUGUGGCGGAUGAAAUUCAGCCCAAAUAUUCAUAAUUGCUAAUUAUAUGCUAACCUUCUACAAGUUCGCAGUUAGUUUCUUCGGAAAUUAAAAAGAAACAGUGUCAAGAGGUAAGCAAAGUGGGUCAAAAAUGUCUCUAAAUAGACGACGACAAUUUCGUUCCUCAAGUACGAGAAAUAUAUUGAUCUAAGGCGUUCAUUUUGGGAAAGCAUUUACUUUUCUACGAUGUCAUAUUUUUAGACAAACCCCCCGAAUUUAGCCUAGAUGGCAAAAUGUGGAAGGAGCUCUUCGACCGACACCGACUUUCAAGAACCGUUGACGCCUGAUAGUUUGGGUAACCAUCAAAUUCAAUGAGAUGUCAAUUUAGCGGUCAACAACGGAUACAGUAAAUAGCAAGCUGCGCCAUCUCCAGCUAGACCUCAGUCGUCAUUUUUCUUAAAAAUACCUCAUAAAAAUAAGCUACUGAAUACCAAGUUACAUCACUCUUCUAACACAAAUAGACUUCUUCGUAACUUUUCAAAUAAAAUACGGAUAUCUUUCCGCAAAUUUCGCAGCACAUCAUACAUAUAGAAAACGCCGAUAUGAAUAGUUUCAUUUUACUGGGCAAAAUAGCAUAACCGACAAAAAGGGGGGACCGAGAUGGCCAAUUCUGGCCUAUUGGCCGUCAACAUCAACCACGGUGUGUGGAACCCGCGGGGUUCGAUUCCGCGAUCUAUGGGUUAGAAUAUUAUAUUACUUAUAUCACGCGCCGCCGUGCCGCUUCUGACAAGGCUCAAGAGAGAGUACUAAAACACAACGGGAGGAGUGAUUUUUGCAGUCCGAUCGCUGAUCGUCCUUCUACAAUCAUCUCAUUAGCAGCGUGUCUGGUUUUUGCUCCCAAAAUAUUUACAGCAGUUCAUUAGUAUCAUGAAUUAACUUCCAGAUUCCAACGCCAAUUUCCCAAAUGAUGACGGUUACUGAGAUUACGUCAGUAAUUUACCCAUAAACCCACACGCUUAUUCGAGGCAAAUUCAGCGUUCGUUGGCGCAUUAAGUCACUACUAUUUGAAGCAAGAAGAAUCUAGCAAUUUGCAGAAUAGUUUUACUCAAUCAUUUGAAAGUACAGUUAAACCCUUCACCUCAUGUAAACGUAGCCGCAGAUAAUUCUGAAUUGUUUGUCUGCCAGAUUAGACUGCGUAUGGCCUUUGGCCUAUGUAGUUACCCCUGCAAAAUGAAGUAUUUAUGCAUCAGUAGUGAAAAACAAAAAUCGCCCUGAAGUGGAAAACAUUAUCUGCAGUGGUCAGAGAGAAGCAUUUAUGGAAGUACUCGCAGGAUUUUGUUUGGCAUGAAGACAAAGAAAAAUAUCUAAACAUUAUGCAUGACAUCCUUGCCAAAGUGCGAUGUUUUUGCCCAAAUGGCCUGCUGAUCAUGCCGAUAGUUAUCAUUAACAUAGUAAUGUAAUGACCAUAAAAAAAUUGCCAUAUUUAGUCACCGUUAAUGCGGUCAAAGAAGUAUAUUUAUUAGACAUUAUUCGCGUCUGUACGAUGAUGAAAUUUCACUAUAGAUUUUGUCAAGCAGAAAUCAAAUGCACAGAAUGCAUGACAAUGUUUCACUUUUUCUUCGCGCUUAGCUGGCACAUAGAGUAAUAAAACAAAAAUGCGAUUUCUAGUUAUUUUGAUUGCAUAGCACAUUGGAAGGAGAGAGCUGCACCGCGUCGUUCUCACUCAGCACGCGCAAAGGCGUGACUGAAAAAGACAAAAUCUUACGAGCCUGCUUGCUACGCGUGAUGAGAUCGAAAAAUUCACGCGUACCGUUUUCCACCGCGUGUAUCUGCGAUCGUACUUAGGGGUACGGGCCAAAAACGCGGGAUCAAGGUGGCGAGUUUGCACUACCAUGUUGAUUUAGAGUAACAACUAUGUGAUUUCGCCAAAUAAAAUGACAUGUUGUCCACAUUUCAAAGUGAUCGUUCGUCAUAAAUCAAUACGUGUUAUGAUGGGGGAAAGGGCAAAUUCAGGUCUGACUUAUGCAGCUUUGAGAAUAAUGAAAGGCUGAAACGAUCGCAAGCACGCCGAGCAGAACAUGAGGCAUCCGUCCCAUUUAAGAGUGAAAGACAGGUCACUGUUGGAGGUCUUACUGUUCCGCCUCAAGAGUUGCAUUUUCCUAUACAUUCACUUUUAGAAAAAUAUGUUCACGUAUACAAAACCAUAUACCAGUAUGAGAAGUGAUUUCGUUGCUCAUUCCCAUUUGUCAGGAUAAGAAUUAACUGGACAUCAACCACCAAUUGGUGCUAUUCUUCUUUGAGCUGCAUGUAAUAUGAGAGUGCGUGUCAGGAGUGAGGAAUAAACAUGAAAACGGGAAAUGGUUUUACAGAACUGGCCUGCCUGUUAACAAAUUACUUCGCUGUAGCCUAGCCUAUUUGCUCCUCACUUGAGAAACUGAUUCUGUUAUGCCAUACUGCAAAAUGUAGAUUAUGCAAAGAAUCUUUACGUUUUUUAACAGAAUGAAAGUAUGACCUACCUUGCGACGUACUGACAGGCAAUGAAAUUGGCCUCCAUUCCUGGGAAAAUACCGCUGCAUGUCUGCAUCGCGCAGCCAAUUCUGUUUGAAUUCCACCAGACCAUCUGUCAUUGGCAAAAAAUGCAUAUAUAGAAAGCAUGAGUUAUAUCCGCCCCUAGGGUAAAAUGAACGUUUGUCUAAAAGACAGCUUUAUUUGGGUUAGUGGCAUGUAAAACUUUGGUUUACAUCGUUUGGUGAAAUUCGAUAGAAAAGUUGCAUUAAAAAACUUUAUCUGUUCACAGCUGGUAGUGGUUUGAUAGAUUACUCGUCAUCUAUCUGUAACUAACUUCUAACGUUACCUCAACAGUAUCGCUCCAUUUCCUCUUAUAUUGCAGAAAUAACAAACAGCAUGUUUAUAUGUUUUUUAAUUAGGGCGCUGUGUUGCUAAGACUACUUAACAUAGCAAAGUCGGAUGCAGUGACAAAGUAUCGCAGAUUAAUUUAUGGUUGACCGCGGUGUUGGGCAUAAUUCAAUUGCUCAGAUCUGUUUAAUCUACAGAAAAUCAGUAGAACCUAAUAAAGUUGAUGUAAAUAGAUACUUUUAGUUGCUGGUCAGUCUAUAUUGGAAAUAUGUGAUGUCUGUAAGCAGAUAUAUGUCGUGCACAGUGUACAUGUUGUUGCCAUUGUCUGAAGACCCCGUACUGAAAGCCCAGCCAAUAGACCCCAACGUAUAUCCAUCUCUAACUAGUUCAGCUGAUGGCCGUAAGUGUACUACUUGUCGGCCAAAAAAAACUAAAAAAAAUUGAUGAUUUGUAGAGGAAAUUAAAUUGGAAGACUAAUCACUUUUAAGCUGAAAAAUUCUGAUUCAGUUUUCUGUUGCCCAAGGAAAGCACACACUAGGCCGAAAAACACGCUGUCUCUCAUACAAAAGCUAACAGUCAUCGUGUGAUUACAUGCCAUGCAGUAAUUGGCCCAAAAGGGAUGUUCUACAUUUAAUAGGAAUAAUCGGACAAUGCACAUAAAAUGCAGUAGAGCACAAGGCCAAUAGGCAUUCAAUUUAUCACUUCUUUCGCAGUAUAUUUUAGGAAAUUGGAAGGGCUGGGCCCCCGUACACUUAAAAAUGGGAGGUUUAUUUACCUGUGUAUAGUGUCCGCAAACGCCAUUACAGCUAUUACGGUCGUAGUUGUAGUUCUUGUUCUCAUCGUACCACAUUUUCAUAACUUUCCGGAUGGAGGCCUCCCCAUCCAGACCGCCCGUUGCACCGAGAUUUUGACCCGACGGACGAUAUUCCUCUUCAUUUCGCGAUGGAUGUUCAAACUUGCACCUUUUAACCCACUUCUGUGCCAAAACUUCCAGGUCUGUGUCAUACACCUAGAAACAAUUUAAAUAGUAACAGCGGCCUAUUUUGGUAAUGCGUUUCAGGAUAUAAAAUGCAAAAAUGCGGAAGCAAUGGAUUUGUAUUCAAAAUUGUCAGGAAAAAUGCAUUUUAUUUGGAGUUUCCACCCAAGAUGCAGUUUCAAAGGCCUGGAAAAUAUCAUGUAGAAAUUGUCGUAUGACCUUGAAUGCACGGAAUAUAUUUUAGGUGUUCCCGAGAACAUUCGACAAACGCCUAUAAUGCAGGAAGCAGUUGAUCCUUUUAAAGUUCUCUGCGUUUUAAUGCGCAAUAGAUUUUCCGUCAACAUUUCUGUUAUCGCCAGAUAAAUUUGCGCAUGAUGUUGCUACAUAGACAAAUAAUCGUGGACAUACUCUCGGCAAAAAAGUCUCUAAUCUCAAGAAAUAUUCUGGCGCCAUCAUGAAAGAAGGGUUAUCACCUAAGAAACGCUGUUCAUUCAGACGUAUAGACAUCGAACUAGCAUUGGAGACCUACAGAGUCCAUUGAAUUUGAUGACUCUCGUCUGCGAACAUUGUGUGGGUUUAAGGGAAUAAAUUCAGAAAUGGUAAUGUAUUUACUGAUGAGAAAUAUAUAAGCGGCUUCAGCUAACAUUUCUACCUUUACUAACAACGGUGUCAUUGAAAGCGAUCGCUCCAAUUUCAGAAUUUUUCAAAUGCGCAUGGUCCGGGUACAUUAGUGACGAUCAAGUACAUUAUUAAAACAUUUUGUCUGCCUGAUCAUUUAUGGAGUUUGCAACGCGAUCAACAUCUCUUUGACCCACCGUAAUAAUCUACCCGCAUUUGGUUUAAUAGGAUAAAUCUGCAAGGAAAUAGGCUCCGGUAAAAUAACAAAGCCAGAAAUAGGGGAGCCUGAGAAGCAACUGAUGAAUUAAACUACGCCUAGUGCAAUGCAGGCAUUAUGGACUUAGUCCUAACCAUCGUUUAUAUGAACGGCAAGUACCACAACUGAAAGGAACGUGGUAUUUCGUCAGAAAUAUGCAAAUCUAACCAAUUAAUAAUAAAUUUAUUUAACCAAGCAAUCAGUUUAAUUACUCUCCUUAGGGCUACUGGCUGCAAGUUUAGAUUAUAAAGUACUGUGAAGGACAAUCAUUUACAUAUUAGUUCUGAAACGGUGAGUGCUACGCGCAUCCAUCAUUAGCAUAUUCCUUUCUUAAAGUAUUUCUCAGGCACAGAUUAAUUUUUUCAUUCUAAUUAGCCAUGACAAACUCCAGAAACACUAUGUUUAGACGUUUAAAUCUGGAGAAAAAAACGUAAACUUGCAUAUGAAUUUUCAUAUCUGGGGUAGUAUUUCACAAAACAUAUAAAGGUGCAUUCUUGGAUUAUGUGAUGAGUGAGUGAUUUGACCUACUAGUCUUUAGUGGGAUUAAUUUAUCUGCAAUUUGAAAUAGUGCUAAAUGAUCGUCACUUAAUAUUGAUAAUUUCCAAAGUCUACUAGAAACGUUGUUUCGGAAAGCAACUUGCGAAAGUACUUGAAUUGCAUACCGUAGUCGCAAUUUAUGGUAUAGAUAAGAUAAGCUACUACCUUAAUUUUGUAGCUGGAUCUCCAUUAUCGGCAUUAUAUGCCAAGUUAAUAAACACCAUAACUACUUAUUUUUAAACCCAACCAUUUCAAGCUUAUUAUUAUAUGUGGACUAUGUUAACGACGACUUAGUUAGAAUUCCUUCACCACAGCAAUGUCAAGGCGAAUGCAUCUAUGCUACCACUGAUUGGUUAUGAAACCUCUUCAGUAUAGAAAGUAAUCAAUGACAUUAAAGUACCACAAUGUUAAAUAUAAUGUUUCUGAUGCAACGUAAUUUUAAAAUGCGGCCCUGACGAAAACGAUUACAAUGUUUUGGCGUUUAACGUUUCGUACACCGAAUAAACCGACCUAUAACUAUUGAUUACAUUUCGAUCAGAGGUUUGCUGAAUGACAGAGGAACAUGCAACGCUCAUACCGAUUCAACUGACUACUGAACGUUUGGAAAUUCAACUGUAUGUGGGGUUUUAAACCCAUAUGUCCGUCAAUCGAUAGAGUACGAAGAGGUAAGAUGCCAUCCGAUCACAGAUGUAUCAUGAGGCUAGCACGGGAAAAUAGUAUUCAGAGAUAUCAGACAUUAGGCUUACCAUGUCUUGCAUGUUGGAGGCCGCGGGGACGACGCUAUGACGCAUUUCAUUGUGAUAAUUCAGAAAGAGGUCUCUCUCUCCCUGCGUAAGUGAUUCAACGACCAUGAGGCUCAUCAAACAGAUGGCGGCCACCAACGUGCAGUUGCUUAUGACUUGUUGUCUGGCCAUUCUGAAGAACAACCUACAAGGGGACAUACAUAAGCAAAUCACCUUGCAUUAGAAUUAACAAUAGCUUCUUACUUAAGCGACGGUUUAACCUCAUGUUAAUGUCGUCAACUACUCCUAGAUUUACGCUCAACUAUAAAGACGUUUCUCCGGUGCAAACCCUAAUUCAGAUGAUUUAUUUUUUAAAUAAAAUUAUUACGUUCGUUGUAACUAUAGGCUUAAAACCUGAUAUUCACUAGGAAUUUCAAUAAAAGGCUCGCCUGCAACUAGCGAAUCAGUCUGCAAGUCUACCCUGCGCAAGGGAACCUGACGUUUCUGGGUGUUAGGCAGAAAUCCGCCUUGAGAACUGUGCAAAUACCGCUUGAAAUACUAAUGAGCGAUGCAGGAACACUGGACAUACGCAACUGCACUUUGUGGGCAGUUUGGCUAAUAUCCGAUAAAGGGCUAGUGAAACGGCAAAUUACAUUUUGAGACUAAGGAAAUCAGACCUCUACGAAGGCAAUCCGAUGUCUCUCUUAAAUACUGAGUUGAAAGUAAUUCUCAUACACACAGUAAAAAGGCUCAAGCAUGAUAACGUCAAUACUCAACUGCUUACAGAUUUGGGAUUAGUAUUCAGCGCCUGUCUGCAAGCAUUUAUAGUCAUUUUCGUUAAGUGUUCGUGAAUUACGUUGCAAGGUUUCUUAACAAACAUUGAUUAGACGUCAACAUGGCUGACAUAAGAGACGAUUAAUUCGUUACACAAUGUUUUGCUGUCAUACUUUACAGUAGUCGGAUACUAAAUUUCUUGGCGUACACACCUCCUGCUUGUAUGUCUCUAAGUUGUAAACAAAUAAAAAUGUCCGAAUUUUGACGUGUGUCGAUUGUGCUUAGGUUGGAUUGACGCAAGCUCGGGGCGUGUACAGAAAUUGGCAGUAAUUAGGUACACUGUGAACAUGUUGGCUGACAAGUUGUUUAUUUUUAUGCACAUAUAAUUUCUCCUUCCUCCUAGACACACUUUGCGAAUACCGCAGUAAACGUCUGAGUAAAGACAGCACGAAUCGCAUGCAGUCGACGUGAUAUUCAACGUUAAACACGCAACAUUACUAGCUGAAUGUGAAUUUGGAAGUUUUAUCGGUCAGAUAGGUGUAUUGUCGACAAAUUUAAAAACGUUUUGUCCGCUUUUACCUACAUGAUAGAGACGCUGUACAUUUCAUAUUAUUCCUAAACAAGAAAGAUUGGUCAAAUCACUCUCAAUGCCUGAAUUUCCAUCUUCUGUAAGUGGGAUGGUUAAAAAGGUGCCCAGGCACACCAUCCGCAAAUACAACAUUCCUCAAUGUCUGGUAACGUACAUUUCCAGACGUCUGUGAUUUUACAUCCAUAACGGUCUUUAACCGCGCCGAGAGACAUUCCUCUGCAUUACACACACCAGUGAAAAACUGCCACCACAAGCAUGAAGCAUCUUUGAACAUGUAUGGUGAUACAUAUGUGGUACCUGUGGUUCGCCGAUAUGUGCUUCUGUGGUGUAGGAAUGCCGGGUAAGGGCAUCUGCACCCGAGUUGGCUGCCCUUCCUGGUCCCCAACUGGUUCCGUGGCUCCUCGAAGCUAGACUCUGCUUAGUUAUCACAUCCUAGUGACCCCCAUGACCGGUAGGCCGAGAAGCAUGAGAGUAUCCGACGUUGUAUGUGCCCCCACAUCCGGUAAUUCUGCUUCCGUUCCCAUUCCUCCUCUCCUCUCUUUCUUUUUCCCCCCCUCUUGUUCAUUCUUCCCUAACGCCGGUUUAAGAGUUCUACGGAGAGGGCAGCAUGCAGUCCCGUAGGCCGCCCAGGCUACCUCGCUGGCUGUCUAAUAAAAUUAAGCCGUGACUCAUAGGAUCUGAGCAGCCUUAUACAGAGACAGCAUUGCCUACUCUCUAGGUGGAGGGUUGAGCUAGUAAAGAUGCCCUAAACAAGUGCUAGGAUCAUGUCAUCUGCAGGCCUACCAUAGCUCACAGCUGGACAAAUCACGCUCGGGACAAUCAGUCAAAAACAACCCGCGUCCGCAUUCCUCACGCCGCCUCGUAGGCUGUAAGGGCGACUCAGCUUACUCUGGCAGCCUGGAAUGCCCAUUUGCAACAUCCGAGUUAUAUUUCCGUGCACCUAGCCUAAACACAAGAGACGAACCUAAUCACUCUUUGUGCUUAAACUCUAUUUUGUGCGCAAACGAUGAAACGUACUUUGUUUUAGCAUGCCUGUCGCUAAACAACUGUCUUCAUUUUUUGACAAAUUUACAUUCGAAAACAUCCUUUAUUUUAUAUCCCACCUAGUCUUAAUUACUGUCAGACGCAUUUAUCUGCAUUACGCUGAUGUUGGUUUAAUUCAUUAACACAUAUUCUUAUAGCCGUCGAGAGAUUGUCAUGAUAAAUCGUCGUAUAAUUAUUGAGUAUGUAUGGUCACCGGAUUGUAUGAUAAAUAAUUUGCGUAUAUGGGCAUCUAGAGAGACUGCCAGACCAGCACAGGUAGUUUGAGAAGUGGUUUCAUAUUUGGUCGAUUAGUACGGAUCAGACUGAUUAGAAAAAGAUAUUCCAACAGUUUCCUUAUUUGACUAUGGAUAACAAUGAUCGCAAGCGUUUAUCGACGGCCAUUAACCGUCAUCCUCUUUUUUCAACAAAAGAUAACUGAUUGGGUGCUGAUUUUUCAUUUUUUAGGUUGAGGACUGUUCAACAUCAUUAAGAUAGUUCUUUCAAAUCCCGACUGCGUAUUUUUGACUUUCCUUCUCUAAUGCAUGUGAUAAACGUGAUUGUAUUUUGCACAAUAUGCUAUUAAAUGCUGCCCAGGCCCGAAAUUAAUUGCGCUUACCUUCCUAACCCUUUUUUUAUAUUACGUCGUUGAAAUGCCUACUUUUAGCAACUUUAACAGCAAAUUUUCUUACUCUUUACUGCCAAUUUACUCUUAAAUUGCAUAAAAAAGUACUAACUACCCUAAAGUCCUACAUAUGGGCAAUUUCAUGCACGUCAAGUCUGUUGAACACAACAAAUCAUCCAUAAUUAUAGCUAGUUGUAGCCAUUUUCAUAUUAUUGGCAGCCAGCAUGCCGACCGCCUGUCAUUCUACUGCAUCAUAUUCAAACAAGACUUUCACAUGUUACGUAUGUACUGUGCUUGUGCUGCAUACUUCGAUGAUUUUGGCGAAUUUCAUAAACGAGCCAUUGCGCCUCGUACACUUCUCCUUCACUUCCCAGAUAAGAGUAAAGUUUAAUGGUGCACUUCAGUGGCAAAAAUAGAAUGCAACUUGAGUGGUUGAGAAGUAUUUGCCCUAACCCCUAACACUAACCUCUAAAAGUAUUGCGUGCAUCAAGUGCGGCUGUAUAACCACAUCUUCUCCACAAUUUUGCGGUUUUUUCUCGCCUGCGUUCCCCCUACCGCUUCCUCUCGCUUUUCUCCGAGUUUCAGUCUCUCGCACUCGCCGUCCAUUGCCAGGUUUCAGCCUUUUCACGUCGAGCAAAAAAGAUAUUUUGGUUCAUUCAAUACACAGAGCAGAUAGCCGUGAGUUGUCUGGUUGUGUCAAAGAAAAGCGUCCAUCCGGGGAAGCGUAAGUCAUGGUGUUUUGUUUACAUGGUUGUCACGCCGCCAUCCCAGCAUGAGGGACUGCCUGCUGAGUGUUGGACGUGUGAUUGGUUGGUUUCGGGGCCGAGUCGGGGCUGCAUGAUCACUAGGGCACAAGGGUGACAAGCGAAGUCGUUCGACGUUUGUGAGGCGUGUGUACACAGCCGUGACCCUUUGUAGCUGAACCAUAGGCGUCCCAGCUCAGGCCUGAUGGGUGGCCGUGCGUCAGCCGCGUGCCCGUCGGUUAGCGCGACAGUCAGGAUCACCGACUGACAGUGGGGAGUCGUAAACUGGGGAGUGGAACGGCUGCAGAUUCACUUUAUUCCGUGGACGGUUCGAGUCACUUUUGUAGGUACUUCAAUGAACGUAAAAACCCGACCUACUAGAUGAUUUACAUUAACAAAGAAGACAAGAUAUAAAUAUGAUCGUAGUCGGAUUGUAAAACCUCUUUAACAGGCCGACUAUUUACAGUGUGCUCUAGCUGAUCGUUCUGCAUAUGAAUGCAUGCCACAUCACGGUAAAGUAUGGGAAAAUAUUGGAAUAUUUUUAUACUUCUGUAUACUCCCACAAACACUGACGCUAAUUCUGCCAAACUACAUUUUUCCUUCAAUAUGAUAUUUUAAAUACUUUACAUUUGGUCAAACCUGUAUGAUAAACAAUGCAUCCACACUGGCUCAACAAAUACAAAACUGCUUCUUAAACUACACACUGUGCCGGCCUCCUCUCUAGAAGUACACAAGACUAUUCGUACAGUGUUGUCGGCGAUGCCAAUGUGUUGCCAGUACAGUAAAUAAUUUCACGAUCUUGUAGUACUGGCUGCCUGUAAGCGGUUUGUAAAUAAAAUGUGGUUAUUUCGCAGCAGCUGAUAUUCAUAUCAACCUACAGACCGUGCCUGCAAAUUUCCGUUUUAAAAGAAUUUACUCCAAGUUCGCGCAUUUACCUCCUCGGAAAGCAAACAAGGCACUGUCUGGGCCGGUCAGAUGUCUGACGACGGAAUGAGACGCAGUGGCUAACCGAGAUAAAAGGCUCGUCUUCGCGUGCCGUGCGCAUGACCUGGCCACUCAAACGCACAAAACAGGAUUGCACACACAGUAGGGAAAGCGUCUCGGAUGUAACACUCGUGAGGCUGCUAUUGUCGCCUGGUUCUGAGUCCACCAACCAACCACUCAAAUCACAAUUGCACAGUCUACAUGACUGCGUGAUCUGAGUUGAAGCGCUGGUCGGCAACCUUCCAGGCCCCGGCGUUAAGCGUACAAUGAUACAGUAAGUGGGCUAACCCAUGAAAUGUCGACAGAAAUUCCGGAAUGCGUUUCCGUUUCGGAAAGAUUAAUUGAGGUUUUAAAACCAAUCAUCGUGCAGCAUAAUUCUAUAAUAAAUCAGUUAACACAGGAUGCCGGCUUGUGGAAAAACGUCGUUCCAGUUUGAUCCAAAAACCAUACUCUGCAAAAAUGACUAAAUAACUAGCAUGCAUUGUUUCAUUGAUUUUCGAUGCCCCGAAAACUUCGAUUAUAUUUCAUGAAAAACAUGCAUAAAAUAUUCAGUCUUCUGCUCAUUCAGAAGAAAAUUACGUCCUUUUUUCAAUUCGACACUGAAAGGAAGGGUAUCAUUUGGUUUUAUAAAACUUUUCCAAUUCCCCAAUAGUUUUGAACCCAACCUGUCGUUACACUUGCAUUUAGGGCUCCCAAACUAUAAGCCGUAUAUUUUUCACGUACGGAAAACCAUAAAUUUCUCUAUAGUGUUAAGAGGAGACCAUAUGGGGUUCGUAAACUUAAGUAGUGCAUUUUCGCCACACUGUUUACUUUACAAGCCACAUUGAUAAAUACAGAGACGUUUUAUGAACGGCAAUUUUACGGUAUUAAAAUAUCUUAAAAUUAAUUUUUUUAAAAUUUGAACUAUAAAUUUCUCCGAGUGUAAAAUUGAAAUGAGACGUACGUUUCUACUUUAUGAGUAAAGCAUGAAUAUUUUUAUGCAUACCUUCUAUGAACUAUAAUUGAAUCUUUAAGGGCAUUGAAAAUCAGUGAAAAAAAUCCAUACAAAUCAAGUAAUCGUUUUAAGGAGUGUGGAUUUGAAUGCAGCCGAAAAGAAGUUUUUUCGAAAGCCGGACUCCUGGAGUAACUGGAUUAUUAAAGAUUUAUGCUGCACGACGAGUGGUUUUACAACCGAAUUAAAUUAAUCUUUUCGAACCGGAAACGCAUUUUGGAAUUUCUGUUGACAUUUCAUGAGUUAGACCACCUACUGUAGUUUUCAACUCGUCAAAUUGUUUAGACUGGUGAAUUGUUUUCAAAUUUUCGACCUCACUCUUCUACCCCAUCACAUGCACCAUUCGGUCGUCUGUGACGGUCAACUGACUGAUGAUGAGAUAAGCAGGGGUGGUUGACGCAACUAUGAGGAGCUCGUAGACUCGCACAAAUAAGAAUUUAGCACAGAAGCGGUAGAAAGUUCGGAUGCCACACCCGGCGAUGGGACCAAAUGGAAGAAGACCUGUGUAUGGAGCAGUGUUUUUAGGAAGAACGGACCGUGUCUGCAGAAUUUAUCACUGGUUUUCGUGAAUGCGCAUGCGACCGAUGUAUCCUAUGCGACGGCUGAAUGAAAGGACUGUUGGAGGAUGUUGCAUCGAUUGUCAUAAUUAUGUUGCUGGUGGUGAUCGAGCUGGUCGUCGGGGAAUGACUGGACCGAGUACGAGAGUGGUAAUGAUUGGGAAAUGUGCCGCAGUUGUGUCAAUACUGCGAAGAAUCCCACUGUUAUGGAUACAUAUGCGCUCAAAUAGGCUCAGACUGUGUGUAAAUGUGUGUAAACCGUGCGGAUAGUGAAGGCUGAUGCAGCGAGUGCAUGUGGGGCCUCAUGACAUUCGUUCCACCGGUUGCGGUGUGAUGAAUACGCAAGUAACCGGCCAGACCAAUGCAUGAGGGGAAUGUGCAAUCGCAAGGAGGAGCAGUUAAUAUCCAGCGCACAUGUCUGGACAUGGUAGGGGUGACGGUUAAUGGCCGUUAAGGGUGUCUUGAUCGGCGGCGGGAAUGGGAACUGUGGUGGCCGACGUCAUCGCGCAGGUUGUGACAGAACUAAUGCAGAUGACUGUGGUCGAGGGCAGCGGGGCCAGUAGAGGCUGAGAAUCGACGGUUAGGGUGGUCUUCGGAGUGUACGUCGUGGGGGUCGGAGCAGGGUCGGUCGGAGUGACAGCUUUCGUCGUUGGCAUAGAUGAGAGGAACACUGUAGGCAGCGUUCAGAGGCGACUGACGCAUGACCAUCGUAUCGUCCGUGUUGAUCACUAGCGCUCGGCCAACGCAGGAAAGAUUUUGUCAAGAUCUUGAGAGCACAGUCAUCCACAAAGAGCAGGUCGUGAACAGUAGUUGUGCAAAGACUGGUUGCGGCCCGAAAGCGCCGGCUGUCCCUCGUUCCUGUAGCUGAUGUACAUCCCCUGACGCCCGGACGUCUAUAAGUAUGUCAAGAAACAUGAGAUUGGGGAAUUUUGGAUGGAGUACACAGUUCUCUUUCACUUUGUUGGUUUCGCUAUUGCAUCUAAGGCAGUCUAGUCGUCCGUAAAACGCGCUAUCACCCUCUCGUAGAACUUACGCACCAUGUUAGUCAGUCGUUCAGGACAGUCGGAUUUCUAGAGACCAUCGUUAUUCACCGUAUCGAAGACUUUCUUCGAGUCCACGAUGAUAGUGAACUCGCGUUUCCUGGAAAUCCUCUUGCUGUCAGUGGUUUCGAGGUUGUGUUGGAUUUUUCGCCGACUUUCCCACAGAAGCCCUGGUUCUAGCUGGCCGUUAAGACGAUUGAAGAGGAUGAGGGGAAGAUCCUCCUGGCAAUGCUUACUUACGAGAUUUCUCAAUGGUUAUCAUAGAGUGGUCAGCUUCCUUUCUGUUCAUAGGAAUAAGCAGUUGCUGUAUAAUUACAGUCCUGAUCGAUAUGUUCUCGGCGCUGCAUUCAAAAUAGCGUUGGGAGGUGAUCCAUCAGCUGGGGGUCGCCAGACUUUAAGAUUUCAGUCGGGAUCGCGUAGGAUCCCAUUGCUUCCCGUUGAAGAGUAGACGCACUGCUCGGAUUGCUUCAGGGGGAGAAAGCGAAAGAUCCGGGUCGUCAAUUGCAUUGACUGGAGGGAAACGGCCAAUGGGGGCGUCGGAAACGGUAGGUAAACAGUUGAGGACGCUUCCGAAGUGCACGGCUUUGCCCUUCAUAUUUUCCAAUCUCUCCAUCGGAGUGGUCGUUCCAUCGGAGCUAAGAAGACGGGCGGAGUCUUUGGUUGCAAGACCAUAAAACGCCUUAAAUGAUGAGACGAAUUUCUUUGUUUUAUUACGGUUAGCAUGUACCUGAAUUUCCUUGAUCUAAAGCGAAAUCUAGGCGGUUAGCAUCUCCAACGUUCCUUGUUACACGAGGCGACGAUGGCAAAAAAGUGUUCUUUUUUGCGUCGAUUUGAUGAUCCAUGUAGGCCUUAUGAAGCUCACGAAUUUCGGUGAGCAGGUUGCAGAUGUGGGCGUCUUUGGUGUCGAUUCAGUCUUAAUUUUGGCGAAAUCCGCACCUAUGGACGUCCAGAGCAGGGACUUGGAUAGCAUUCCGCAAGAGGCACCGCCGAAUCUCUAUGGUGACCUCUUUAUCCAGGACCAGCAGUUCUUCCAGGCGUUGGGCUCAUUGAUUGCGUUAAUGCAAGCGGUGAAGAGACAACAUCAACAGAACGAUAUUUGA